UAGUGAUUUAACUUCAUCUAGGGUUUCUUACCUUAUAUGAAUGCGCCGUCUUUUUCUAAAUCCAACUCCCUUCUUUCUCAAAUCUCAGUCCGCAUCUAGGGAAUAACUGUGAAUCUGUGAUCUCAGUUUAAUAUCUCAGUCACGCCUUCCUCACUGUCGACGACGGAGAUCGCCGGAGCAACUUGAGGGUGAGUCCAUACAGGAAAAUAAGAAGCAGCAGAGGUCAAAGUUGAUCGAUAUGGAAGACUCAUCUCCAAGUUUUGUUGAGGGAAUUCAGGAAAGUGAUGAAGAUGUACAGAUUCUAGAUGAUUCUAAAAUUAAGAAAAGGAAAACAUCUGACGUUUGGAAUCACUUUACCGAGGCAAAAGAGCCCAAUAAGGAUGGAAAGUUUACCGUCACUUGCAAUCACUGUGAUCAAGUAUAUACAUAUGAAGGUACAAAACACGAAACUUCUUCUUUUAGUCGUCAUUUGAAGGUGUGUAAGAAAAAACCAAUGUUUGGAAAUUUGAAUGUUAUGUUCCGUGAUCAUGAGGGAAAGUUAAAUGCUAGGUCUAAAGUAAUAGACCCGAAAAUUUGUCUGGAGAUGAUGACUAAGAUAACGGUUGCACAUGAUCUUCCAUUGAAUUGGGUUGAAUUUGAACAUGUGAGAGCUUAUCUCGCUUAUUUGAACUCUGAUGUAAAAUUCAUCUCGAGAAAUACUCAUGCCUCUGAUGUGAUAAACUUGUAUAAUUCUGAAAAGGAGAAACUAAGGAUUAGACUGAAUAAUCUUUCUGGGAUGUUGUGCUUAACUUCGGAUGUUUGAACUGCAUGCACUAAUUCGGGUUACAUUUGUUCGACUGCGCAUUAGAUGUUGUGCACAUAUCUUGAACCUUAUUGUUCAAGAAGGGUUAAAAGUUGCUUAUGAUGCCAUAGAAAAGAUUAGAGGCAGUGUUAAAUAUGUAAAAGCAUCUGAAGGCAGAUUGAUGAAGUUUAAGGAAUGUGCUCAAAAAUUUGGUGUUGAAUUCACUUCUUCACUUUGUUUGGAUGUGCCUACUCGUUGGAAUUCCACAUAUUUGAUGUUGUGUAGUGGAAUUAAAUACCGGCAUGUUUUUGAUAAGUUGCGAUUUGAAGAUUUGAAUUAUACACAAUGCCCGACAGAGGAAGAGUGGGUAAGAGGAGAAGUGAUUUGUAGAUUCUUAAAGCCAUUUUAUAAUAUCACUACUUUAAUUUCUGGUUCAUCAUACCCUACUUCCAAUCUCUAUUUUAUGGAAAUCUGGAAGAUUGCAUCUUUAUUGAAUAAAAUGUCCGAAUAUCAAGAUGCAGUGGUCAAGUCUAUGGCUCUUAAGAUGAAACUGAAAUUUGAUAAAUAUUGGAAAGAGCAUAGUGAAAUACUCUCUAUAGGAGCAGUGCUUGAUCCGAGAAUGAAGUUCAAAGUUUUGGACUAUUUUUAUUCAAGAAUUGAUCCUCUUACAAGCAAGGAUAAAAUUUUGAAGCUGAAGAUGAAAUUGUAUGUUUUAUAUGAUGAGUAUAAGAAAAGGGGUGUAGGGGUAUCUUUAUUUAAAGUUCCUCAAGCUAGUAGUGGAAGUUCUAGUUUUCAAGUCAGAGAACUUGAUUUCAUGGGUGAAGAAGUAAGGGGAGGAGAAAUUAAUCAAGCAUUGUUGAAUUGGGAGGAAGACGACUUUGCUACAUAUAAGAAUCAAGCAGGUGCAACUUGUGAAGCAAAGUCACCGUUGGAUGUUUAUUUGGAGGAAGGUCAGAUGGCUGAAAAUGGUGAGCUUGAUUUACUCAAGUAUUGGAGAGAUAAUGCAUCCCGCUUUGGAGAACUUUCUACAAUGGCAUGUGAUGUGCUAAGCAUUCCUAUAACAACGGUAGCAUCAGAAUCUUCAUUUAGUAUUGGAGCGCAUGUUUUGAAUAAAUACAGAAAUAGGCUCCUUCCUGAAAAAGUGCAAGCUCUUAUUUGUUUACGUAAUUGGUUGCGUGGAUAUUCCAAUGAUGAUGAAGACUAUGAGCUCGAUGCCAAUGAUCCAGUUGAUGCUUCAAAUGUUAUUGAUGUGGAAGAGUGUCAUUCAAAUGCUUAGACUUUAUUUUAAUUGUACUUCGUUGUUUCUCUUAAACAUGUAAUGGGCUAAACCUUGGUGAUAUUUGAAUACUUAUCGUACUUUAAUAUCUUUAGUUUUAAAUUUGAACAUAGAUUGACAUGAAAGUAAUUUAUAUGUA